UUACCAAGGAUUGCUGUAACCUGCGUGCCACGUUUUAAUUCAAUCGAAUACCGACUUCCCAAAGAAUUCAAAAUGGAUCCCUUUGAGCAAACGCGUUAUCCAUACGAGUAUAAUGAAGAUGAGAGUUACAAUGGUCAGGAGCUACGCAGGGAGUACCAGAACAGAUUUCCUUUGCUAGCUGUCGUUACAGGGGGAGAUUACGGCAAUACUAUAUUUGAUGACUUCUCAACUGGGCAGGUAUACAGAAUACACUCGUAUACGCGUCAGCGGCGUGUGGUCAUUCAAGAAACACAGAAGAAACAUGACCACCUCAAUCACACUUACCUAUCUUUUCCGGUAAAUACUUCAUACACGUUCUGCGUGAUGAAGAAAAGGAAAGAAUGGACAGAACCAAUGUCAAUUGGAGAAAUUUUAGAUAAAUACAGCUGUCCUGUCAUGGUUAAGUAUUCACAAGAGUACAAUCGUGUCAAAGUAGAUUAUGGCUUUAAAACCACGGCAGACAUCGCCAGUCUGUUAAUUGUUACGGAGUACGAGGAGAAUUUCUUCACCGGAAAUUGCAUACGAAAAGGUGUUAUCGCUCCUGAAAUCACACUGGCAGCACUUAGUCCUAGUAUAUCUUAUGCCGAGAUUACAGGAAUAAAAGGGAAGUCAUCCGUAACAUUCCAGAAUCAUCUAAAGGCACUGGAGAGAUUUCUCCUAGCAAAUGGCGUGACAUUUGAUUUAUUGGCUGGAAAUCCAGGUGUAACUCGGAUGACUGAAAAAGGAACAGGAAGCGGAAAUCCGAUACCGGAAGUAUUGUCAAAAUUGAUACCGGAACUGAAAACAAAAAGGCCCACGACACCCCUUAACAGGCAAGUCAGCAACCCAAGUCAAACUUGCAUUUAUAAAAGGCCCCUGCCACCAGUUCCGGUUGUUAAACCAAAGCCGAAGGCAAUAGCGGUUGUAGCUCCAAUGUCAUGCGCGUUACAAGAACAAACACCUGAUGAUUCUCGUGGUGAAUAUAUGUAUUUGGAAAUGGACGGGGUAAGCAAAGAAACGACAAAAAAGUCAGAAAUGGUCCGUAAAAGCCUAGAACAAUGUAGUAUGUCGGCAAUAAAAAGACAUCUAUCCGAUUUGCAGUUGCAGAAAUAUGCAAAUAAAUUUGAGGAACAACGCGUUGAUGGUAUGAUUUUUGUGGAUCUGACACGUGAAAUCCUUGAAAAAGAGUUUCACAUGUCGCAGCUUGAGAUUCUUAGACUGUUGAUGUUCAUUAAGACAGGACAUAUCCCCCGAUGAACAGCCUUAUUUUAUAGGAAACAUGCGGAUUUCUGGUUCCACGCAGCAUGUGUUCGCAACUAUAUUAUACUGUCGUAUAGGUAUAUAAAUUAUGUAAAAGUUUGAUAUACAAUACGCAGAAAUGUCUACGGAUGUUCUCUUCCCAUCCUUUCCACUGACGAUGGCUGCUCCAUGAUACAGAAAUAUGGUGAUCUGCUCAUACACAGACAGUGUUAGUUCCAAAAGGAUCAUCUAUGAACCUGCUUGCCCACAUAGGACAUCCAUCACAUCUAUCAUGACAGCCAACACACCAUCCGUUCACACAGGACAUCUGGAGAUAAUGGUUGUCAACACAGAUAAUCAUACAGCUGUCCACACAUGACUUGCCCGUCUUGCCCAAAAAAGGAACUGUAUAGAUAUAUAGUUUUCUCGUCCACACAGGACUACAUCUACUAUACCACUGCCCUCAAGCCAUCAUGGGUUAGAGCUGGAACGACACAAAUGUGACUAUGUCUAACUCUUG